UAAAUGUCAUGAUCACGUGUAAAUCACAAACGGCUAAAAAGAGUGUAAAUAAUUGUUAUCUGCAUGUUAUCUGUGCUAGUUUUUACUUUGGUUUUAGUUUUUUUUUUUUGAUAAGCUUUACGACGUCAAAAAAUUGUUUUGAAUUUGAAUUUGAAUUUCUGGGCUGAAUGCGCAAGUUUAGACUAAAAUUAAAGUAAAUUUUAUUUUUAGCUAUUUGUGCUGUACCUUUAUUGAAAGUUUUAACGGCUAUUGCUACAAUCUAUUUAAUAAACAAAAGUACUACAAUGGAAGAGACAAAUCUAAAGAUAGAUAUACCAAAAGUUUGCACAAAGCUAGCUGAAGACUAUGUAAGCACUAUAACUCAACGUCGUGCUGCAGGAAUGGAAAAAGAAAAAUGGUUUGACCAAUGGCUUCUAGAGGAACUUGAUAAUGGCAGAGAUAUGUACGAGACAUUUGGAAAUUUAACAGCAAUAAAUCCAAGUGUCGCAAAAAUGUAUUCUGAAGAGAAUUUUUUGGCUUUGGCACAGAAAAUAGAAGAAAAUACAGAAUUAAUCUGUCAGCUCGAGUACUUACACAGAAAUAUUCCAAUUAGUGAUACAAAAAAUGUUGAUUUGAAAUUGAUAAUGCAAAGCCUCAUUUAUAGAAGUUCAUUUGUGCAAAGUCCACUUUAUUCUCCUCAUAAGGAAGUGCAUUUUAAAAGCGACACACCUCUAUAUCUACUUGGCUAUGUGGCAUACUGUCCACCUGAUAGCCAAUUCUUAAUUAUUUGCAGGAAGACCACAGUAACCAUAGGCAAUCUUUUUUGUGAACUCUGCAAAGAAGCUGGCAUACUUGUGAUGAUAUCCCUUUAUCCAGAAGACGAUAUGCAAGUAUCUGAGGUGUUGUAUGAGACGCCAGAUGGCUGCGUGGGCGUGCUCAGUGCGUGCAGCGAUGUGGACUCCGCCGUGGACGCGUUUGUUGCCGCGUCCACGAGGACUGUUGCGCCGUACCCGUGGCGGCUGCGCUGGCUGCUGGUGCAGGAGAGCGCCAUGGAGCGCUUCACGCGCGCGCUCGAGUCGCGCCCGCCGGCCGAGCGGCGCGCCUUCGCGCUGGAGCACGCCGGUGAACUGCCGCCCGGCGCCGUGCCCGUGGAGGCGUACCGCACCACGCGCGAGGCGCUGGCGCUGCUGGCGGCGCGCGCCCCGUUCGCCGUGGCCGCGUUCGCCGCGGACGCCGCCGAGGCGAACGAGGUGGCGUUCGCCGCGCGCGUGCCGCUCGUGUGGAUCAACGGGCACGGCGCGUUCGGCGGGCCGCCGCUGGGCGCCGCGGCGGUGUACUUGAGCGGGGUGCGUCGCGCGCCGGCCGGUCUGCCGGACCGCGCGCGGUGGCUUGCGCUCGCGCCGGCGACGCGUCGUGCGAGACUCUGCGAAGCGCUGCACAAAUUCAGCGACUACGAUCCGCAAUAUGAUAGCGUAUUAGAUAUAAGCUGCGACUCCGCUGUCGCAGUCGACGGCCGUCUGUGGAUUGCUACUAAAACACUUGUAGACUUCCUUGUAAUCAAUCCACGGCAAUAUAUUUUUCAUGUCAACGCCGCCUACCCUGACCCCACCCAGAGUGAUAAUGCUUCGAACAAAUCGAGUAUUUCCGAGAGUAAUGCUGUAAUGUCCUUUACGCAAGUCCUCAACUACUUGUUGGCGGGCGGCGCGGUGCUGAUGGAUUCUUGGGGAUCGUCGGACGCCGAUCGCCUCAAAGCUCUAGUCGCGUUGUUGUCGGAGGUGGGCGCGCCAGUCGCGUGGGUCAGCGAGACUUCUAAGAACUACCCCCCGACUUACACGACCUACACUGUUAAAACGAUAAGUUCAACUAUUGGUACAAUAUUUGCAAAUUAACUACAAUUAAUAUUUUUAAACUGAUAAAACAUGAUAAUGGAUUUAGUGUAGGUGCAGGAUGAUCGGUGUUUCACGGUGUGUACCUGAUCAGCAUAUUAUUUAAUCACAACGAGGUGCAGCACUGCCUGAUCAGCAUAUUAUUUAAUCACAACGAGGUGCAGCACUGUCUGAUCAGCAUAUUAUUUAAUCACAACGAGGUGCAGCACUGCCUGAUCAGCAUAUUAUUUAAUCACAACGAGGUGCAGCACUGUCUGAUCAGCAUAUUAUUUAAUCACAACGAGGUGCAGCACUGUCUGAUCAGCAUAUUAUUUAAUCACAACGAGGCGCAGCACUGUCUGAUCAGCAUAUUAUUUAAUCACAACGAGGUGCAGCACUGUCUGAUCAGCAUAUUAUUUAAUCACAACUAGGUGCAGCACUGUCUGAUCAGCAUAUUAUUUAAUCACAACGAGGUGCAGCACUGUCUGAUCAGCAUAUUAUUUAAUCACAACGAGGUGCAGCACUGCCUGAUCAGCAUAUUAUUUUCGCCACCGAAAAUUAGUCCAUCAUCUUCUAAGAGUUAAGAGAAUCUCCAUGUGAAUAUCUUGUCAAGCUUUGUUUCUUCUUUAUACGGUAGAAAUAUUUUUUUAUUAUAGAUAUAAAUAGCAGCAACUCUGAUCUGCCAUAUUAGCACUUAAAUGAGAUAUUUUUUUUUAUAAGAAUAUUAUUUACACUAAUAUUAUAGAUUUGUAUUUUUGUAUAUUGUAUGUAACUAAUAAAUAGAGAUGUAAUGUGAAGUCAAGUCAAGACAAAUCAUAGAUUAAUACACAAUAUAUUUUCUAUAUUAAAUUUAUUAUACAAAAACGAGUAAAUUUUACGUGAAUGUCCUAAAAACCUUUCUGUGGGUGUCAAUCCAAAAAAGAAAUCUGGCUAGGUGCGUGUCGGGCCACGCGUAAUGUAUGGUUCCGUAGA